AUGCAGAGUAUCGUGAAGAUAAGAAGCGUGAAAAGACUGCUGCAUAGGAGUUUGAAAAGGCUGCACUUUUAUGAAAUAAUGGAUUGGACAUUUUAUAUAUCAAGUUUGCUUGGCGUGCCAGCAGAAGAAUCCUGGCCUUGUGUGUCUUCUAUAUGCACCUUUAUUCAACAUUUUGAUCCUUCAAUGAUGCCAAAGGCAAUGGCAAGAAGAGAAAGAAAAGUCAGCAAAGUGGAAAAGCUACAAACAAUAACAACAACGCAUAAGCGGUUUUCCCCAAAAGCUCCAACGGAUCGCUUAUUUCCCAAAGCGGUUUUUUCUGUUCAGAAUGGAGUUGCUACUCAGUUCUGUUGUGGAAGGUUUUCAGAAUUUGGCGGUCCAAUUCACAAAAGACCUGUUCAGGACUUGGCAUUUGCAGUAGCCCGAUUCAUACAAAAAGGAGGAUCUUUUGUAAAUUACUACAUGGUUGGAGUGCAAACAUCUCAGAUGGAAAUGUUGCCUACAAAUACUCAUAUGUUCUCAUGGUAUAUAACUAGGUAA